GUCAACGUCAAACAAAAGUUCCCAUGGCAACCACCUGUCUAGCAACUCAAAUCUGAAAAAGUCGUUAACUGGGCAAGUGCAUUGGAAGCAAGUGCUACAGUUCUUAAAUUAGCUUCUCCUCCAACCAGUUCAAGUCUGAUCAAUAAUAACACUUUUUAUUAGUGAAAGUACAUCCUUUUUUGUGAUUGCCUUCCAUCAGUCCUCAACUCAACUGAAAAACAAAUUUCAUAACCACCUGUUGCACUAUAUACCUGUCUUGAAUGAGAAGAGAUUGAUUUAAUUUGCAAUGUUUUCGGCAAAAUCGUGGAAAAAGUUAGAAAACGAAAAUGGAUUUCCUUACUAUAUUAACGAAUUAACUAAUGUUAAACAAUGGGAUCAUCCGAAGUUUGCUGAAAUAAUUCAGCACUUGCAUGACUGUAAUUACAUUAAGUACUCUGCGUAUAGGGUUGCUGCAAAGUUCCGAGCCCUUCGUCGAUUAUUAUUCAUGGAGGAAGUAUGUCUUUCUACAAUAGCGGGCGUGUUUGAGCGGCACAAAUUGGGUGUAACUGAAGGAACUUUGCACUUGGAAAGUUACGACUUGGAAGCUGUGCUUUCUGAUAUUUUCUUUGCUGCAAAUAAGCAGGCUAAUAUUAACACAGACAUUGAUCAUGCUACGGAAUUAAUGAUGAAUUUAUUAUAUAACAUUUAUGACAGAGAUCGACGCGAUAAUAUCCAGGUAUUGUCGACGAAAAUUGUUUUAUCCGUCCUAAGCAAGUGCAAUAUAUCGGAUCUGUAUAAUUUUAUAUUUGAAUUAUGUGCCGAUCAUAAUAAUUGUGUUACAAGACUGAAGUUGCAGUGGAUUUUAACAAAGUUUGCCACACUUGCAGCGUAUUUACAUGAAGAUGUCAAUUUUGGACAUCAUUUAUUGACUGUUGCGAUUGAUAGUUGCUUCAGUAAUUCACCAGGUCUUGUGGGUAUUAACCAAAGUACUUUUAUUAGUUGGUUAGAGAGUAAUCCACAGUUACUUGCAUGGAUACCGACGUUGCACAGAAUGCAAGCUGCUGAACAUGUUGUGCAUGUUACUAAAUGCUCUGUGUGUAAAGCAUCCCCAUUGUUAGGCUUACGUUAUCGAUGCAUAAAAUGCUCCAAUUACACACAGUGUCAACAGUGCUUCUUGUCUGCAAAAACCAGCAACUCUCACAAACUAUCACAUCCGGUAAAGGAAUAUUGCACAGAGGGCAGUUCACGAGACUUUACGCAUUUGUUGAUUAAAAAAAUUAGUCGACUACUACGUUGCUCGAUUAAACUAAACGCUCCGUCUUUCGUUUCUAACUUGGUUGAAGCGCGAGUUUUAAGUCACAACAAGGAGAAGUUUAUUUCAAUAGAUAAUGAGACUGAUAGUUCCAGCGAUAGUGACUCUGUGCAUUCACCGGAAAACCAACUUCAGCUGGUUAUUCGGCAGCUGGAGCUGCAAAAUAAGGAAUUGCACCAAAUGGUGGUUUAUGGCAGUGAUAAUCAACAAAUCAAAAAAUAUUUAGACGAUCAUCGGAUACGCGUUGAAACCCAAAUUCAGAAAUUGAAAACACUUAAAGACUACCUGAGAACUGCUCAACCUACAACCAUUGAUAGCCGACCCACCUUACGAAGAAUGGAGUCGACACCUUUAAUUUCCAACUUGAGAACUGAACAAAGAGGAAUUGGUUUGGAUAUGUUGAGUCCCAUAGCGCAAGAGCACGAAUGUAGUGACAACAAUUGGGGUCAAAACACAAUCAUAGGAGAUCACUCUAAAACGAAAGAGUUUAUAACAACUACGAAUUCUAUGCCUUCGUAUAAUGUUAACGACAUUAGCACCUGGAUAGGAGGUCGCCAAUCAGCAUCUAAUAUCUUCGGAGAGAGUAGUGACAGCAUUGACAGUGACGGCAGUCAGAAGUCUCCCAUUCGAGAAAUGCACAACGAUUUAGACGAAGUUUUGGCAAAAUUGCAGCAAAUUUUAGCUAACAACUUCAUGUUAGAUGAAGCUUUAGGGGGUAGUGACAAUGGGCAAUUGAAAAAUGCUGUAACAGAAGUUGAAGGUAUGUUGACAUCUCUGAUCGAUGGAGUGGAAUUAAGCAGAUCUCACUCAUUAUUAGACAAGACUAGUAGCAAAUACUACGAAUGAAAGAGUGCCUUAUUUUUAGAUUAUACACGAAAAUGACUUAUUAUGUGCAAGAUUAGUAUAUGCUUUUAUAUAAAUAAAUCUAUUUAAUAAA